GGGAACCACCUCGGAAGAAAGGCCAGUUAGAGGCAGGGGGUGGAGAGGCCGUUCAGGGCGCAGGCGCGCCGGGAGGGCCCGAAGACGAAGGCGGAAGCGUUUCCAAGACAAACGUAGGCAAACAGAGUCGCGCGCAGGCGCAUUGCGAACCCCAUAGGCGGCGCAGGCGCCGUGAAGCCGGUGACCCCAGCAUGACAGGGCAGCACGUGUCCCGGGUCCGGGCCCUGUAUCGCCGGCUCUUGGCGUUACAUCGUGCGCUGCCGCCCGACCUGCGCGCUCUAGGCGAUCAGUACGUGAAGGACGAGUUCCGGCGCCACAAAGGCGUAGGCCACGAGGAGGCGCUGCGGUUCCUGCGCGAGUGGGAGAGGUACGCAGCAGCGCUCCAGCAGCAGACGAGUGGGGCCGAGGGGACGCCGCUGGGAGCCCGCCUCACCGAGGAACAGCUGGACCACUUCAACGAGGAGCAGAUCGGCCAGCUGCAGGAGCUCAUGCAGGAGGCCACCAAGCCCAACCGGCAGUUCAGUAUAGGGGAUCCGGCCAAGCCCCAGACCUAGGGCCUCCCUGCCUGCUGGAGGAGGGGGUGGGAUUCUCCUGAUCUGUGGCCAUGAGGCCUGGCGGGCCAGAGGCAUCCUGCCAUGAAGCAGGGGCUUCUGGGGGCUGCAGCUGCUUGUUUGCGCAGCUUUUACCCUUAAACUAUUGCUGUCUGCUAUGGAGAUGCUCUGGAACUACUGUAUGUUUUCCACGAGCUACCUUAGUGUACAGAGACCCUGGACACACAUAACCUAUUUGCAGGAAAGAUCCACCCAGAGGCCCCCAGGGUUCCCCAGCCAACCAGCCUUUCUGGGCUGUCCAUCAUAGACCAUCUAUAGCCACCUUGUGGUCAGUCCUUGCCCCAGAUAUCCUGCUUCUGGCUUCUCCCUGCCCCUUUCUGCCCCUCCCCGCCCUUCUCUGCCCCUCUCUGCUCCAGCAGCCCUUAGGGCUUGCAAGUAUACAUAGUCCUGAGGGGGUGCCUCCAUUAUGGGCCCCUCUAGCUUGUGUGUGUAUGCUUUCCCUUAAUAAAUAUUCUUUUCAUGCCA